AUGGCGUCCAAUACCUCCCUGCUUGCAGCUACUGCUGCCUUACAAUAUGCCAAGAAACAGCUUACGGAAUCACUUGGUGACUCGGAAUCAGAGUAUUGGAGUAACUUAAAACAGUGGUUUAAAGGAAUGAUCAAAAAGAGCGAAUUUGAUAUGAAGGCUCGGGAAUUACUUGGUGCUAGAUGUGAUUCCAAAGUCUCCUUGCCUAGGCAACGCUCUAGUAGCCAAAAUGAAGUCCGUACUGAAUGUCCAAAAGAGGAAAUCAGUGACACAGAGUCUUUUGAUCAAGAUACUUUCGUUUCUACGAAUCAUUUCCAACCUGUUUCUGCCUUACGGGAUGCAACUUCCUUGGAUCAUACUCAAGCGGCAAAGAAUAAAGUAAAUGAAGGGGAUCUCUGGCUAUGUAGCAGAACUCAUAUGCUACCAAAUUUAGCAGCUUUGCAUUUUAGAAUUUCUGUUACUUCAUGGGAGAAUGGCUUAGAUUCGAUAUCAGAUGAUAUUGCUGAGUGUGUGAUGGUAGCACUUGAAAACCAUUUAAAGAAUAUCAUUUCUGCAAGUUUGUCUCGGCGAACAUCUUAUUCGCUGACUGAUGGCCGCUUUCAAUAUAACAUGGGCUCUAGUAGUGGUAAUCCCUUACUACGAAAUAAUAUUGGUAAAAUUCCAAGAUCGAGUUAUAGUACCGUUGCAACCAUGGAAGCAGAUGUUGCACAAUCUCUAGCUUGUAGCAAACCUACAGAUAUCUUGAAACCAUUAACAUUACCGGAAUUACUAACGACCUUAAUUAUAUCUCCUUUUAUAAUACCUUCACAAACUGUUUACGCUACAGCCCUUGAAAGAUUAAUAGCUACUUAUACCGAAAAGAGCCAAGAAGAGAUUUUUAGUCAUGAGGCUUUAAUGAGGCAGGAAGAUAUGCAAGCUCGUAAGAAAAGAAAAUUAGAAGCAAAAAAUCUUUAUGAUGAUUUCGGCGGCUCCUAG